AUGACCCCGCAUCCUGUUCUCUCCAUCCCCGAGCUCGUGCAGGAGAUAUUCCAGCACCUGGAAUCGGACCAUACCGCGCUCGGAAGGCUCGCUAGCGUGUGCAGGGACUUCUGGCAACCGGCGUGCGAGGUACAUUGGAGGAAGGUAUACGGUGUCGAGAGGUUAUUGAAGCUUUUGCCGGAGGAGUAUCAGGUGGAACUGAGGGAGUGUUCUGGAUGGGCAUUCAGGAUCCCCUCAGAGCAAGAUACGGAGCGGGUCAGGCUAUAUGCUGCGUUCAUUCAGGAAGUUGUCAUCCACCCUGGUCGACCUCCCUAUGCCCGGGGGGACGUGCUCAACCCCCGUCGAACGCUCGAGCGCCGUGGUCUGCCAAUGCUCAUGCUCCUCCGGCCAUUUGGACCUGCAUUCCCCAACCUCGUCCGGUUGCACGCGAUUUCAGAAACAGAUGAUUCUCUCUGCACUCUCUCGCGCCUGCUUUCCCCGACGUUGAGGAGUUUGUAUAUCCAUACAAUACAGGGCGACAACUUUAUGGUCGGGCACUUUUUGCGCGCGAUUCCGGUGAACGCACCUAGUCUCCAGACGUUGGAGGUCGAGGCUCUCGGUGCGCUUUCGAAGGAAUCAGAAGCGUCUCUCCUCCAAGCCGCGAGGCAUGUUUCCAAGCUAUCAUUACAAGCUGUCAACCCGAGUGAUGCGUUCUUCCGCAAUUUGGCACAGAAUAACAGACUUCGGAGUCUGGUGGUCGAGUUCACUCUGGCUCGGACGUCUCCUAUAGAAGUAUGGAGACCCGGGACGUUUGACUUGCUCGAGGAGUUUGAAGGCGAGGCGCUAAGUGCUCCGAGGACGUUGCGCUUGCUGAGAGCGAUGGACAUGCCCCAGCUUCAGAGAUUAAAAUUGACGAUCGGGACUGUCCCUCGGGACGAAGUCGCGCAAGAGGAGGCUCACCACCAACCAGCCGAACCACGGUCUGUGCACCUCAUCAUGGAGAAAAUCGCUUCGUUCGUCCAGCUGCGCACACUGCGUAUCGUCCUUCCUAAUUUGGACGAUCACCGGCUCACCCUGUCCGCUGCGAUAUUCCUUCCCCUCGCAGCGUGCAAGAGACUGCAACUCUUCCAGCUCAUAGACCGGUCAGAAGAAGAAGGAUUCGACUCGGUUUUCGUCGCCUGGGACGAUCAGCAUCUGAUGACGCUGCUUGACAGCUGGCCGGAACUGCACACGCUCCACCUGGAAUGCUCCAACGCUCAGGCUCCGCGUACUCAACUGACGCCCGGUGUGCUUCUAUCGAUGGCAGAACGUUGCCCUCAACUGCGUUCCGUGCGCAUGCCGAUCGACAUGACUUCCGUCGGCUCCGAAACAUGCACGUAUCCUCCUGCCAGCAACAACAUGUACCGGUUCACCCUUGAAGCGAGCACAACGAUCGCAAACGAGGUAGCCGUCACGGACCUCAUACAUGACUUAUGGCCGCUGGUCAACGUUUCAGCUUGGAAACCUAUAGCGGGACCGGUGGCGGAUGACGUGACGAGAUUUGCAGACCUUUAUCGGCGUCUGUAUUCGGUUUGA